AUGCUAACCUUCAAGUUUUUGUUAUCAGUGAAGAUUUGGAAUCAUAUUUUGCACAACAUCAACAUUUGCAACCUUACUUUGCAAAAGCAGAGUAAUAACUUGGCCAUCGCUUCGAAGAAAUUGGAAGCACUUCUCUCCUGGCUAAAAGAGUUUAGAAUAAAUGGAUUUGAAGAAUGCUUAUCGGAAUCAAGUACACUGGCCGAAGAUUAUGACAUCGACAUUAAUUCUGGCUUCAUCGAUAAACGGCAAACCAGAGGAGUGAAUCGAAAAAAAUUGGGGGAAUUAUCUGAAGAUAUCGCCAAAGAACUCACCAAUCUUCAAAAGUUUAAAUUAGAAUUUUUCAACGAGUUACUGGAUAAUUUGAUUUCAGAAAUGAGUUCCCGAUUUGCUCAGUUAAGGAAGUGUGAAGAAGAUUUUGGAUUUCUUUGGGGGGCUGGACUUUCUGCUGGAACUAACGACAACUCUCUAAAAUGUGUAAAAAAUUUGCGCUUAAAAUAUCCUGGGGACUUUGACGAGAGUAAAUUCAACAAUGAUUUCAAAUACAUACAGCAUCAGAUAUCUGCACUGUUACCCGACGGGAGACCCUUGUGUGAUACAUCUCCACUAGAAUUACUUCAGAUUAUCUAUCAGCACGAACUAGAAUCAUGCUUCCCAAACGUCGCGUGUGCCCUUCAAUUUUUUUAA